ACGAGCCCAUCUCCGCGGUCCUAUCCACCCAUAGUGGUGCGGUAUUCGCGGCUGUUAUCUGGACAGCGGCGUGAAACGCCACCGAAGUAGUCAGGGACGCUUCUAUAGCUCAUUCAGCCUCGGCGUUUUCGCGUGUGUUUCUCUAAGAGAGACACUGGGUGGGUGUGAUAAGCUGCAUAACCUAUGCAUCAGAUCUCUGCUGCUCCUGCGGACUUCUGGGUUUCUCGGCUUGAUUUAUUUCAGAUUACUGUAAAGCUUGUCACCAAGAGCCGUGAUGCAGAAACGGAGGAAGCCAGAGCCGAUCCAGCUCAAUCCGAUCCCUGAUGGAAACGCCGUUAACGGAACCGGUGCCUCGGAAACAAACCUGGAAGCCCUGCAGAAGAAGCUAGAGGAGCUGGAACUGGAUGAGCAGCAGAAGAAGCGUCUGGAGGCCUUCCUCACGCAAAAGCAGAAAGUAGGGGAGUUGAAGGAUGAUGACUUUGAGAAGAUUUGUGAGCUGGGUGCCGGAAAUGGCGGAGUGGUCUUUAAGGUUUCUCACCGACCCUCUGGACUCAUCAUGGCAAGGAAGCUCAUUCACUUGGAGAUAAAGCCGGCCAUCAGGAACCAAAUCAUCCGGGAACUGCAGGUUCUGCAUGAAUGUAAUUCACCUUACAUUGUGGGCUUCUACGGGGCCUUCUACAGCGACGGAGAGAUCAGCAUCUGUAUGGAGCACAUGGAUGGUGGCUCCUUGGACCAGUCGCUGAAGAAAGCCGGCAAGAUUCCAGAGCAAAUAUUGGGCAAAGUUAGCAUUGCGGUGAUUAAAGGGCUGUCCUACCUUAGAGAGAAACACAAGAUCAUGCACAGAGAUGUGAAGCCAUCCAACAUUCUGGUGAACUCACGGGGUGAGAUUAAGCUGUGUGACUUCGGCGUGAGUGGGCAGCUUAUCGACUCCAUGGCCAACUCAUUUGUGGGCACCAGAUCCUAUAUGUCUCCGGAGCGUCUCCAGGGCACUCACUACUCAGUGCAGUCUGACAUCUGGAGCAUGGGUCUGUCCCUGGUGGAGAUGGCCAUUGGGCGCUUCCCCAUCCCACCUCCUGAUGCUAAAGAGCUAGAGCAGAUCUUUGGCCUCCCCAUGGAAGGAGACCCCUCAUCCAGCGACUCCUCUCCCAAACCCAGGCCUCCAGGCCGCCCCGGCAGCUCAUACGGACCUGACAGUAGACCUCCGAUGGCCAUCUUUGAGCUGCUUGACUACAUUGUCAAUGAGCCACCACCCAAGCUGCCAAGCAUCUUUGGCACCGAAUUCCAAGAUUUUGUUAACAAAUGCUUAAUCAAAAAUCCAGCAGAGAGGGCAGAUCUCAAGCAACUGAUGGUUCAUCCAUUCAUAAAGAAGUCAGAAGCAGAAGAAGUGGACUUUGCUGGGUGGUUGUGCACCACCAUUGGCUUAAAUCAGCCAGUGACCCCCACACACAGUGUGGGGAUGUAAGAGGGUCUCUCUUUCUCUAAGCUAAUCACACACACACUCACACACACACACUCCCGUGUUUCUAUGUGGGCUCGUUUAAAAGCAGUUUGCCAAUCAGUUUAGUAGCCAAUCACUGCCUCUUUAAAGCCCUCACCUGUACUGAGAUGGUUUAUGAAGCGCGCUGCUGUGAUAAUCGAGGCCUCAGUUCAGUAGCAGAGCUUUUUUGAACCUUUCAUGCAAAGUCAGUGAUCAAACAGACUUGCGAUACAUAAAUAUUAACCUGGUCUGAACUAUUUCUCUGCUGAAUGUGGCCUGGAUUGCACAAAUUAUGUUACGCCCAAAUAAAGAUGUCAUUUCAAGUUGGACAGCUGUAUUAACGGUUAGGCUUCAUCAGAAAAAAGCUGAAGCUGGUCAAAAUGAACAGGUGCUCCUUUAUAUGUUGUAUUUCUUGGUGCCACUAGAAAACACUCGAACUAGGAAAAGACGAGAAUGCUGCUGAAUGCAGCAUAAACUAGGCCCUUUCUUACAGGAUAAACAGUUAGUAGAUCCCAGCUAAACUGUUUUGUCCCAGGGCCUGAGAAUUCCUCGCUGCUCUCCUGGGAACGGAAAAGCCAUCAACUGCAUGCCGAUACUGCAGAAACUCGCUACGAGUAAGACGUCAAAGAGAACAACCAAGGCCAUUUUUACACAGGCUGAAACGCUCAGCAAGUUUGCUUUCUUUCCUUUUUGUUUCUUGCUUUAUUCAACUGGUGUAGUUAAGCUUGGUGUAGGAAAGUAAUCGUCUGUCCGAAUGAGUCAGUGUAAAAUAGAAAUAAGUUUCAUCCAAAUGGCGAAAGUGUGCUUUUUCUUGCUGUUAGCUACUUUAUGCAUUACUGCCUGUUUAAAUGUACUGUUGUGGCCAACUUUACUGAAAAAAAAGCUUUUUUAUAUUUAAAUUUUUAAGUGUGCUCUACAUUGCUGAAAUUCUAAGUACUGUUUGAAAUUUGAAGUGUUAAAACCAUUUUAAUAAAACUAAACAGCAAAUGCAUUUGUGUAAAAAAGAGAAGUGUAUGGAUGCCCUUCAGUUGUCAUGAGUAUUUGUUUCCUAGACUUUUACAUUUCUAUGCUUUUGACUGCAAAGCACAUGUCCAAAAGCAGUCCUGACUAAUUACAAAAGAAAUGUUACUUUAUUUGAACUUUUCUUGACUUUCUUUGCUUUUCCUUUUAGUUCAGGUGUAAAGUUUGUGCAGACCUAUAAUUUGUCAGUUGAGAACUCAUGCAACAAUUGUUCUAAAUUAUAAUAAACAUGAUUUAACUGAAAA